GCAUGUCAACUAAAGUUGAUAGAUCUAUUGGACUGUAUGUUGCACACGUGAGCAAACUAUGUCAAACUCUUUAGAAAUGUGUCUUUAUUUUUGUUGCUAAUACUGUUUAAACUACAGACAAAAUCAGAGAACGUACCCACACUCUCACAAGCACACACAGACAGAUAUGGCUUCCUCCAGCAGUCUCCUAACUGAAGAGCAGUUCCUGUGCUCUAUCUGCCUGGGUGUGUUAACUGAGCCAGUAUCCACUUCAUGUGGACACAACUUCUGCAUUGCCUGUGUCACAAAGUACUGGGAAAGCAAUGACCUGUGUCAAUGUCCACUGUGUAAGGAGACAUUCUACACACGACCUGAGCUUCGUGUCAACACAACGUUCAGAGAGGUUGUAGAUAAUUUUAAAAGGAUGACAGACAAAGGUAAAGAUGAUUGCCCUGCCAAUCCUGGAAAAGUGGCCUGUGAUGUCUGCACUGGGACGAAGCUCAAGGCCCUGAAGUCCUGCCUGGUGUGUCUGGCCUCUUACUGUGAGACUCACCUGGAGCCUCAUCAGAUAGCCCCACCCUUAAAGAGACACAAACUGAUUGACCCCGUGGAGAACCUGGAAGACAGGAUUUGUAAGAAGCAUGACAGAGUCCUGGAGCUGUUCUGUAGGACUGACCAGGCGUGUGUGUGUCAGUUCUGCGCUGAGACAGACCACAAGACUCAUGACACUGUCCCUAUAGAUGAAGAGUGUGGAGAGAGGAAGGUUCAGCUGGGGAAAACUGAGGCAGAGUUCCAGCAGAUUAUCCAAGAGCGACUGCAGAAGCUAAAGGAGAUCAAACACUCAGUAGAGCUCAGCAAGAGAGAUGCAAAGAGAGAGAUAGCAGACAGCAUGCAGGUAUUCACUGCUCUGGUGCGAUCCAUUGAGAAAAGCCAGGUUGAGGUCAUUGAGGUGAUUGAGAAGAAGCAGAAAUCAGCUGAGAGGCAGGCUGAAGGGCUCAUUAAAGAGCUGGAGCAUGAAAUCACUGAGCUGAAGAGGAGAAGCACUGAGCUGGAGCAGCUCUCUCACACCGAGGACCACCUCCAACUUCUCCAGAGCUUCACAUCUCUAAUGUGCACCCCUCCAUCCACCAAGGACUGGUCUGAGAUCAGUGUUCACAGUGAUCUCUGUGUAGGGACUGUGAGGACAGCUGUGUCUCAGCUGGAGGAAAUGCUGAAUAAAGAGAUGGAGAAGCUGUUGCCUGAAGUCAAACUGAAGAGGAUUCAGCAGUAUGCAGUGGAUGUGACUCUGGAUCCUGACACAGCACAUCCCGAUCUCAUCCUGUCUGAUGAUGUGAAACAAGUGAGAUGUGGAGAAACACUACGCAAUCUACCUGACAAUCCAAAAAGGUUUGAUCGUUUCGCCAUUGUCCUUGGAAAGGAUUGCUUCUCCUCAGGGAGAUUUUACUAUGAGGUGACGGUUAAGGGGAAGACUAAGUGGACUUUAGGAGUGGCCAGAGAGUCCAUAGACAGGAAGAGGAAUAUCUCACUGAGCCCUGAGGAUGGACUCUGGACUGUGUUGCUAAGGAAUGGAAAUGUGUACAAAGCCGGUACCUACCCCCCUUUCCUCCUGUCCCUGAAAGAGAAGCCCCAGAAGGUGGGAGUAUUUGUGGAUUAUGAGGAGGGUCAGGUCUCUUUUUAUGAUGUGGAGGCCAGGUCUUAUAUAUACUCUUUCACUGGCUGCACCUUUACUGAGAAACUAUAUCCAUUAUUCAGCCCCUGCAAUAAUGCUGGUGGUAAAAACCUAGCCCCUCUCAUCAUCUCUCCUGUCAACCACACAGACUGAUUAAACAAUGGAGUUUUCCACAACAAGUCAUUUACAAUUUAUAUCUACAAAUCAUUACAUGUAAAAAUAUUUUUACAAAUAUAUUCAGUCAGGUUGACAUGUCAUAUGAUUAGAAUGUCCAUGGAAGUCCUUUGAGAUUGUAUUAUCAAAUGAAAAUGGAAACUGUGUACAUCUUAAUAUAAAUAAUUGCAUUUGCUGAAAAUUUAUAUUAUCAACUGGAAUGACCUUAAAUAAUAAGUAAUUGAAAAUAAA